UGGUUAUAGUUAUACACGUGACGCACACGUGGCGCGUUCAACGAAUCAGCAAGUCAGACAUUUCCGAGUUUCCUAGUUCCGAAUAGCAUAUGAACUCGCCAAAAUUCUCUUAAUUUGGGGGGCGGACAUAGCGGGUCGGGGUAUUGGUCACAUGACAGAUCUACAAUUGAUCACAUGACCCGUAUGAGGAAAUAUCGCAGCUGAAGAGGAGAAAGGUGGAUUGUCUUUGCUUUACAUUUUGAUCGAUAUCCGCCAAAUCGUCGAAAAUGAGUGCUAGUUUGGACAUCAGACUGAAAAGAGCAAAUAAAGUAUAUCAUGAGGGGGAGGUCCUUGCCGGUGUUGUGGCGAUAGUUAGUAAGGAGGCGGUCCAGCACCAGGGCAUCACUCUCACCAUGGAGGGAAUUGUCAACCUACAGCUUAGCUCCAAGAGUGUGGGAGUCUUUGAGGCCUUCUACAACUCUGUUAAGCCCAUUCAACUUAUUACGAGCAACAUUGAAGUGGUAAAGCAAGGCAAGGUGCCUGGAGGCAAGACAGAGAUUCCCUUUGAGUUCCCCCUGCACACAAAGGGCAACAAAGUGCUGUAUGAGACCUACCAUGGCGUUUUCGUCAACAUUCAGUACACCCUCCGUUGUGACAUGAAGCGCUCCUUGUUGGCCAAAGACCUGAGCAAGACCUGUGAAUUCAUGGUGCACUGUCUGCCACAGAAAGCCAAGCUGCAACCCACCCCGGUAGACUUCACCAUCACGCCAGAGACCCUGCAGAAUGUCCGCGAGAGGAGUUUGCUGCCCAAGUUCCUGAUCCGGGGCCACCUGGAUGCCACCAACUGUGUGAUCACUAAGCCCCUGACUGGAGAACUGGUGGUGGAGAGCUCUGAUGUGGCCAUCAAGAGCAUCGAGCUACAGCUGGUCCGCGUAGAGACCUGCGGCUGUGCUGAGGGCUAUGCCAGAGAUGCCACAGAGAUCCAGAACAUCCAGAUAGCAGAGGGAGAUGUCUGCCACAGCCUCCCCAUCCCCAUCUACAUGGUCUUCCCCAGGCUCUUUACCUGCCCUACCCUUGAGACCAUCAACUUUAAAGUCGAGUUUGAGGUGAAUGUGGUGAUUGUCCUCCAUGACGAACAUCUGAUCACUGAGAACUUUCCUCUGAAGCUGUGCCGAGCGUGAGAGCCCAGAGCUCCACUACAAUGGAGGAUGGUCAGAGGAUAGUGCCGUUGACAUGCCUGGGCAAGAACAACCUGAAGUGACCAAGGACUCAAAGUCCAGAGAGAGCCAAGCCUACAAGUCCUGAUAGACAGCCAUAUCUGUUGGCUGGGCUUCCCUGCUCCGAAUGACUGUCUAUAAGUGCAUAAUGUUAUAUGGAUGUAUGUCUCCAGUUCAGAAAAAAAAGACUGAAAAAGCAGAGGAUGUUCAAGAUUGUGGGCUACCAUUCAAUAUAAUAGUGCAAAUGUCAAAAUGGAUCAAGUAACAUAAUUGUGUAUCAAUUCAUGAUAUCGUUGAAGCCGCAUUGUUGCAUUUCAGAAGUCUUUUGGGGAGACAUUGCCCAUCAUUAGCAGUAAUAUGGUCAAUUUCUAACUGAAUGUUGGCACUGUCAAAAUGUAGCCCAAAGAACAUUCUAAAUGGAGGCAUUUCAAACUAACAAGGUAUUCAAAAUCAACCAUGUUAUUACAUGCUAUUUAACAUUCCAGUUAUGUUAUCAUUGUAAAUUGUGUGAAUUGGCUUAACACCAAAGAGCUGGCUCAAAGAGUUAAGCAGCUUCAGUAAAGAUUGACACAUUUUAGACUGAAUCCAUAUUCCCAAACCAUAAGAUCAGAGAUGGCUGGCUAAAAGUAAUGAUCCGGCUUUCUGAUAUACUGUACCCCCCCCCCCCCCCCCCCCAGGACUCAGACGUAAUGUCCCAACAGCAGAUUAAAUUCACUUUCAAUGUAAGCCUUAAAUAACAGAUUUUAAUGCUGGGCUAAGGACCUGAUGCACCUGGAGGAAACUCCCAUCUUGGUAAAUAAAAAGUAGCUACUUGCAUCACACAAC